UCUGCACUUGAUCACGCGGACCUGGUUGACGACUUGCUGGCGGCUGAACUCCGCGAAGGGUGGAUCCGUCCGGUCUCCGGCGGGGACGAGGAGCUCCGUCGCCGCUAUCGCCACACUGCCGUGGGCAAACUGGGCGUAGUGGCUCACCGUCGCGUCCGUGUCCGGCCCGAUGACCAGGGACUGCUCUGCUUCCGCCGCCGCGAUGUCCUGUACCAGUCCGUUGGCGCUAGGGCCUCAGGUUUCCGGGUCGCGGGUCUGUUAAUCCGACUCACACACCGUCUGUGGCGUGUCCGUCACUCGGCCAAAAUUUACGUUGAUGACUUGCUAGCUAUCUUGCUUCGGUCAUCCGCGCCUCUCCUGUCUGCGCUGCUCGUGGUUCUCCUUUGCAUUCUGCGCGUCCCAAUGAGUUGGCACAAGGCCGCUCUGUCUGCCCGUGUGACUUGGAUCGGGUGGUCUUUUGAUUUCGAGACCUUCACGGUCCAGUUAGACCCCUCCAAACUGCGUCGUCUGCUCGACUUGCUCAGGCUGCUGUCCGACUCGCCACGUUGCUCAGUCUCAGCGCUAGAGAAGCUCACCGGAAAGCUCCUCUGGCUCAGCAACCUGUUUCAGUCCUUCCGGCCGUCUCUUGCCCCACUAUAUGUAGACCAGCAUCGCCCUCUGCCCAACAUGUGCGCGAUUUCUGCCGAGAUAUACUCGUCUGUCCGUUCCUCCCUGUCCGAGGACCUUCGCAUCACCUCUCCCCUUCCGCUUGCGGCCAUUGGGCUGCAGCUGCUCCGUGUCGCACACACUCAGGUCUCCAGCCUCAAGGAGGUUCCUGAGCACAUCUCUUCGCGGCGCGUCUGGGUUCAGGUUGCUAACCCCCUCCGUCCAGAGAGGGAGCUCUCGCCGGAAUCUUUGGAGGUCCUCCGCGUGUGGCUCACCCUAGCCAGCUCUCCGCAGCCCUUCAGGUCAUUACUGUACCGUCCGCUGUUUGUCUGCGAGGCGUUUGCGGACGCAUGCGCAGACUCCACUUCUGCUGGGCUCGGCGGUUACAUCCGCCUUCCCGACG